AUGAAGAGCCUCGAAAUCAAGACCGUCGGCCUCGCAAUCUCCUUUCUCGUCACGGCGGGGGCAGCACAAACCACGACAGCUCCUCCGGCCGCAACUGCUCCCGCCCUCCUACGCCCUUCUAGCGGCGAGAUCAUCACGAUAAACCAGAUAUACACAGUCGAAUGGACCCCUCCACCGCCUGGACCGCUCGCCAUCGAGGUCUCGGGAAAUCGGAAUGGUCACGUCGGCCAGAUCCAUUCGCUCCUGCCCGAUACCUGGACCUGCACUGGGUAUAUCAUCAAUACUGAAUGUCGGAAAUUGAAUAUUACUAUUCCUGAAGGAGCGACUAGCUAUGUCUGGAAUCUGACAAAGCCCUCGGACCUCUUUCGCAUCUCUUACGAAUAUCUCAAUCUCAACCUCGCCGUGUACAUCGAUGAUGUCCCACGUGGAGAACUACCCGAAGACGCUGCGCCGUGGUAUGUCAGUGGGCAAUUCAGUCUCGUUGAGCCGCCGAGGGAGACUACCACUACGACAACAACCACAAGGACGACGACAACAACAACAACCUCGGCUACGGCGUCGGAAUCAGCUAGUGAGUCUCCAAGUGCGACAAGUGGUGAACCCUCAGCGACCUCAACGGACGGCGGUGCAAUUACGACCGAGACACCCACAGACGCGGCUGUUCCUCAAACUCCCGGAAGUGACAGCAUCUGGAAGUUGGGUCUAGUUUUUGGAAUUGCAUUCGCUGGGUUCUUCUAA